AGCAACAGGACCCAGCAGGAUCCGGUCCAGCAACCUGACCCUGAAACUGUUUCUCCGUGCAGAAACUCAAACUGGGUUCCGGUUCUCCCGCUGCCAGUCCAGUUCUCCAGGUCCAGGUGUUCUGUCGUCUCUCCAGUAGAACCUGGAUUCCCGGAGCUCCUGGACAUGCCCGUCCGGGUUUAGAUCCUCCAUGGAGCUGUCGAAUCUGUACGAGGCGGCGGCCCGGCCCCUGAUGAGCAGCCUGACGCACGGCGCGCAGCCCCCCUCUGGCUACAGAGACCCGGCUGAGCUCGGUUCCGACAUAGGAGACAACGAGACCUCCAUCGACCUGAGCGCCUACAUCGACCCGGCAGCCUUCAACGACGACUUCCUGGCGGACCUGUUCCACCACAGCGCGCGCCAGGACAAGCUGAAGAUGAUGAACGGGGAGUACGACCCGGUUCCGUGCGCGCCGGGCCCGCAGCAGCUCUACAUGUCCAACUACAUGGAGUCCAAACUGGAGCCGUUCUACGAGCACAACCCGCCCCGGAUCCGACCCGUGGCCAUCAAGCAGGAGCCCCGAGACGACGAGGACUUGAACCCGGACCUGAACUCGGGUCUGCCCCCUUCCUACCACCACUCGCACGCGCACGCGCAGCAGUACCCCCAGCAGCAGCAGAUGCCGCACCUGCAGUACCAGAUCGCGCACUGCGCGCAGACUACCAUGCACCUCCAGCCGGGCCACCCGACCCCCCCACCAACCCCGGUGCCCAGCCCACACCACCAGCACGCGCACAUGAAGCUGGGGGGCGGAAAGUCCAAGAAGCACGUGGACAAGAGCAGUCCGGAGUACCGGCUGAGGCGCGAGCGCAACAACGUGGCCGUGCGCAAGAGCCGCGACAAGGCGAAGCUGCGGAACCUGGAGACGCAGCAGAAGGUGGUGGAGCUGACGGCGGACAACGAGCGGCUCCGCCGGAGGGUGGAGCACCUGAGCCGGGAGCUGGACACCCUGCGGGGCAUCUUCAGACAGCUGCCAGACGGCUCCUACAAACCCAUGGGCAGCUGAGGCCGAACCGGGCCGGACCGGACAGGGACAGCUCAGAGGAGCCACGGCCGGCUGAGGGUCCACAGUCCUCACAGCCGGUCCGGCUCUUCAGGACUAACACCAGACUGUGCUUGGGUUCGGUUCGGACAGGUUCCCCCUGACUGGACGCAGGUGAACAGAACCUCACCUGCUGGACACUGAUCUGUUUGGACCUUUCCUUUUCAGACCUCACGUGCCUUUUCACACUUUUGUGCAGCAAGCCCAUAAGCUGGUUCCGACCCACAGAGGACUGGUUCUGUGCCUUACUCGGACUGAGACUCAUAAUAAUUCCGUGCAGCUAAGGUAGGACACGCGCGUGCCCGUGGCUCCGCCUGUCGUGCACGUGCUUCUGUCCUGACUGUUUUCUGUGUAACCCAAAUGUAAAAGUGCAUGCUGAGCUGGUUCUGCUCAGGUUCUGUCCACCUGAACAGAUCACAUCAAUGGGUCCUCCCUGCAGGUGCACAUCUUGGAUUUUCAGGGUUCUGGUGGAAAACAGUCAUCUGAAACUUUAAAUGGUACCGGAACCGCAGGUCGGACUCAGCCUCCAGAACCUUUGUGCACCAGCUCUUCAGACUGGAAUGAUACCUGUGGUACCAGCAGCUUCCUGUCAGCUCUGGUUCUGAUGGGCCUGAAGCUGCGCUCUCAUCUGCACUAUGACUGUCUGUGACGGUUGCUGGGUACUGAUCCGAACAGAAAGCCGGGCUCUGUGUGGAGCAGAGUCAACGUGAACAGGGUUUCUAUGCAGCGCUGCUCUUCCUCUUCCCCCCUGAGUCAUCCUCACUCAGUGCCUUCUGACGGUGACCUUUGACCUGCCAGUGAGGAAGAAGAAAGCACUUUGUUGUUGUUUGUUUUAAAGACUGUAAAAUAAGCCUAAACAGAAAACUAUAUCUGAAUAAAUAUAUAUGAAAUGUUUAAAA